GGGCAGUAAAUACAGCACAUUAUAUCAGCAGAUAGCAUCUACUGCACGAUUGUUAGAGUCCAUUCAGUCAGGGGAUCAGGCAGCAGCUGCGGGCUCCGGAAAGACUGUAGUUUUCUAACAGUGAGGAAUGGAGUGGGGCCAUGUAUCUGCCAGAGAGCAGGGGGGGAAGCUGUGGGACUGACAGGGCAGGUGAGAUGCACAGCAGGUAAUCUGGAUCUGUCCUGCUUCCACAAAGAGUAUGGAUUCCCUGUCAGACACAGACAGAGUGCUUCAGAGGAAGAGAACACUUACAAAUGUGGUAAUAGGUUUCAUAUUUCUACUUAAUGGCAUUGAAUAUGCUGUUAUCCUGCCCACUAUAUGGAUGUACCUACAGUCUUUGGAUGCUGAGCCUGUCUUUUUGGGCCUGGUUCUCUCAGCCUUAAGUUUCACUGAACUACUGGUCGGACCUUUAUUUGGUUAUUGGUCAGACAGAACUGGACAGACAAAACGCGUUAUCAUACUGAGCAACUUCUUUGAGAUUGCAGGAAAUUUAAUGUACUUUGUUGGAAUUUCCAAGUGGUUCCUUCUCGGCAGUCGCCUUGUGGCAGGUGUUGGUUCAGGGGCAGGAGCUUCAAUAUUUGGUUAUCUGACUCGGUUUUCCAGUAACAAAGAGCGCCUAUCAGUGUUGGCAUUGGCCAUGGCUUGUCGGCAAGUUGGGCUUCUAAUUGGUCCUGCAUUUAAUGUGUUUCUGAGGUACUGUAAUUUCCAAAUAGGACCAUUCCAUGUAGACAAAUUCUCAGCUCCUGGUAUCUUUAUGUGUGCCCUCUGGACUCUUAUGCAGCCACUGGUGCUUUUCAUGUUUUAUGACAUCAAGCUGACCCCUCAAAAGCCACAUGAUGAGGAACAGGACCCUCUGUUGUAUCAAGGAGAUACUGGAAAUGAAGGGUGUAAUAAUGUGUAUGGCACAAUAAACCAUAACCAUAUAACAGACCAUGUUACCUUUAGUUCAUCCGUGGAUGAUAAAGCUCUGACUUCUUCCUCUUCUAUGGAGGAUAUUCACUCUACUAUCACCAAGGAUCCAGAACCUGAGGAUUUAGGAAAAAAGUCUCUUAAUGAUCGGUUAAGUGGGCUCCUGAGGGAAGAGGUGGUUGUACUCCUGACAGCACAAUUUGUAACGCUUUUUAACCAAACAGCGCUGGAAACACUGGUAACUCCGCUGGCUCAGACAUACCUUGGAUUCCAGGAUCUGCAGAAUUCACUCCUUUAUUUUCUUUGUGGCAUUGAGAUGCUGAUUGGGUUUCUUGUUGUCCGUGCCCUUGGUCGUUGCACUUCAGAUCGUCUGCUUCUCAUAUUUGGACUCUUUGUCUGUAACAUCUCCUGUAUUUGGUGUCUUGUCUUUAUGGCAAAACCCAGAGGAAGCUAUGGGCUUUUGUUAGCAGAGUUUGUGGUUGGUGUUUUCCUCCAAGUUCUUGGACUGCCGUUUGUGUCUGCGUGCCAGGUAUCUCUGUUCUCCAAAGUGACAGCUAAAAAUACCCAGGGAUUCAAUCAUGGACUGAGAAGGUCUGUUGGUGGUUUGGCCACAAUUCUUGGGCCCUUAUGGGCAGCAGGUUUAAUAGAUGAGCUCUAUCUAAUGCUGGGAGUCAUGAUGGGCCUGUUGGUUCUUCUCACGGUAAUGGUCAGCUUUUCCUUCCGAUACCUGGUGGAUCCUGAUUCUUUAGACAUUCAGCCACAAUGAACGAAUGAAGAGAUACAACUUUCUAACAUUGUACUGAAAGAGUGCUACUGCUUCCAUUAUAAAUUAUAAAUUGGAUUUGAGAAGAAUAUCUUUCAGAAUGACCUGCUGGUCAGGGAGAGACUGUUGUAACAAAUAGCAUAUUAGUAUAUUUAACUACUGAUACAGAUAUAUGGUCUAAACAAGGGUAGGAUUAAAACUUAAUUUAUUUAUAUGUAACCCCGAUCCGACUGCCCCAUUGCCGCUUACAUAAUCCGAUCGUCUGGCCCCAGGGCCAAACGAUCGGAUUAUUAUUUUUUUUACCUAAAUGGUCCCCGAUAUCGCCCACCCGUAGGUGGGGAUAUCGGGGGAAGAUCCGCUCGCUUGGCGACAUCGCCAAGCGAGCGGAUCUGCUCGUGUAUGGCCACCUUUAGGCUUUUUUUCACCACUUAAACACCACUUAUAUUCACUUUAACUGUUAACAGUCAGUGAAAGAUGAGGCAUAGGCUCACUGUGUGCACAAGUAUUUUGGCCUUACACAUCAACAUCAAUUCAAAUGUUUAAUGCCUGGAUAAAGCUAUGGCUUGCAAAGUCAGAUUAUUUGAAAAACACAAAGCGAUAAAAGGAAUCCAUACAAGUUUGGGGAUCGAGUAUGAAAAUAUGAAAGAUAUACCUUAGAAUGAAAAUACCAGCAUAAAAAUUAUGCUUUGAAGAGAAUUGUAUUAAGUAAGCAGUGGAUAGAGAUGAAUUUACUGGAGGUUACUUAUGUACUGGCACAAGCGGUGGCAUAACUAGACAUUACUGGACCCCACAGCAAAUUUAAUUUAGGUGCUGCUAAACAUUGAUCUCCAAAAUCAGUGCAUGUGACCCUGUAGAGUUUAAAUUUGUGCUAAAAGGCUAGCUGUGCCUUGCAGGUAUCAGGAAGAUGAGGCAGCAGCUACAAAUAAUCUUUUACAGACGUUUGCACGUGAAGUAAAUUUACUUUGUAUAUGUUCUCCUUUCUUUGUGCCUGAUCUCCUUUUCCAUUUUCUAUAAUUAGCUACUCCCUUUGACGGAGUAAUAAACCCUACAAAAACUAUGGCUAAAAAUACUAUAAUUUAUAUACUGUACCACCCCAGAGGUUCAGUAACUAUGGAACAGUAGGGAUAUAUGCCUUUAAAUUGGUCCACAGCAAAUUGCCAUCUUGUGCUCCUGUUACUGGUAGUGUGCCUUUUGCGGUGUACAUUUCUGGGUGUUAGUAAUGCAGACUGCAUGGCCCCCCAGCAGUUCCCACUCACUUGAAUGGAUUUUCCCUAGUGCCAGAAGUUGUAUUAUGCCAUGGACUAACACUAUACUUUGCACUCAAUUUUAUAACACAAAAGUCAUGAGUGGUACAUGCAUUAAAUGCGGUACCUGCAUUUUAUCAGAUGGAGUUUGCCCUGUAAUGUAAACAAUUACCUCACAUUAUUCCUUUUGUCUGCAUUGUUUCAUUGUUUACAUUAGUUGCUGCUGUUGUGUUAGAGGGUUAAGCUGGCCACACACAUGGCGAAUUUUUGAUGCGACCUUGGAACGAUCGCAUGAAAAAUCGUUCCAACCCUCCACUGACAUUCAGGGCUGAAUCGUCCGAUAUGGAGGUAAAAACAAUAGGAUUUCUACCUUCUUCUGCCGAUUCAGCCCUGAAGGUAGAUUUUGCUUAGGCGCCUUCAAUGGCGCCCGAUCAAAAUCUUUUAACCCGCCUGAUCAGCGAGUCGACCGAUAUAUGCAGGAAUAUUCUUUUGAAUAAAAAACUUGAAUACCUUGAA